AUGAAAAAUAAAUCAUUUAAUAAUUUAUUUGGAAUUAAUUUAAUUAAAAAUAAGGUUUCUUCAGACAUUUUGAGAGCUCAGGGUUAUUCUCAACAAUUUAAAUCUUUGCUUUCAACACCUAAAAGUAGAAGGGAUUCUGUGCCUGGUGAUACUUGUCAAACAUUGACGGCAGGAAAAUCAGCAACUCCGAGGGGGGCAAUUAGUCAACAACAAAGUUUAGAGGAAAGAUGUAACGGCGACCUCACACAACCUCCUUCCUCAAUUUUGGUUAAUUCUUCCGGCGGUGUUUGUGAAGGAAAUAAUAAUAAUUAUUUAUUAUCAACUACUACAGAAUUAAAUCUUCCAAAAUCCUUAGAAUGGAGUCCAACAAUUGAAGAAGAAAUUUUAAAUAAAAAUUCAAAUUUAGCCGACCCCCAACAACAAACCAAUCUUUUAUUAUUACAACAAAAACAACAACAAAUUUUGAGGAGAAGACAGUCUGGUUAUGGUAUCUCCAUAACAACUGAAAGUCAAGCAAAAAUGCGUUGUAAAUUGCAAUUAACAGCUCUCAAAAUUGUUUCAAAAAAUUCCCUUCCCUCUUUAUUUUUACGUUCAGCAUGUGUUGCUUCUACACUUUUAUUAAUUGCUUCUUUAGUUAAUUAUCAUCGAACAGAAGUUAAAAUUGCUUUAAUUGAUAGCGGGGCUGAAGAUUGGCGUGUAGCAGUGACGACUGACAGAAUAAUUAAAUUAUUUAUCGAAAUAUUUAUUUGCGCAAUCUGUCCGUUCCCGGGAAGUGGCACUAUUUCUUGGCCUUAUAUUUCUGCAGAUGAGCACAGUUUUACAAAAGUUUCUGUCCCUUUGGAUGUUUUGUUGGCCGUCCCUAUGUUUUUACGUGCUUAUUUGCUUUGCCGUUUUAUGGUUUUACACUCUAGACAAUUCCAGGAUGCCGCUACUCGUUCAAUAGCUGCAUUAAAUCGAAUAUCAAUGGAUUUUCGUUUUGUAAUUAAAACAAUGAUGGCUGACCACCCAAUGACUGUUUUAGUUAUUUUUACUUGUUGCUAUUGGAUGUGUAUGUCUUGGAUGUUUACUCAAUGUGAACGUUAUAAUGGAAGGGAAGCAAGUACUGAAUAUUAUUAUAUGAAUUCUCUUUGGUUUAUUAUGGUUACUUUUAUGUCUAUUGGUUAUGGAGAUGUUGUUCCAACAAGUUAUUGUGGCCGUUUACUUUCAAUUACAACGGGGAUUGUUGGGGCGGGGGUCUCUUCAGCAUUAAUUGCCGUUAUUUCUCGAAAAUUAGAACUUUCCCGAGCAGAAAAACACGUAAACAAUUUUAUGGCAGAUUCUAAAUUGACAAAUGCACGGAAAAAUGCUGCCGCUUCUGUUCUGCAACAUACUUGGUUUAUACAUAAAUAUCAACAAAGAAAUGGACAUAAAGGGGAUGAAAUUAGAUUAAGACAACAUCAAAGAAAAUUUUUGAAUGCAAUAAAUGAAUUUAGAAGAAUUAAAUGGGAUCAAAGAAAAUUACAAGAAAGGGGGAAUUCUUUGUUGGAUUUACAUACAGAAAUGCACGAAACACUUUGGGAAAUGCAUAGAACACAAGAUCAAUUUGUUGGAAUGAUUGAAAUAUUAACUCAAAGAAUAACAGAAUUACAACAAACAGUUUUAAAUACUUCAAAUAUCCAACAACAACAAAUAUAUCCAAAUAAUCAAUUAUUUCCACCAAAUAAUGACAGAAAAAUAUCUACAGGAACACAAUUACGUGUACCUUUAAAUAAUUGUAGAAAAGUUUCAUCAUCUACUACUAAUCACCCAAAUCCAAUUCCUCCCCAACAACAUCCAAACAAUUUAUUUUUAAAAACCCAUCCUUCAAUAGACAAUUCAACAACAAAAAACCAAAAAACUUUAAAUAAUUCAAUAAUUAUUAGCGGAUUUGAAUCGAAUUUAGGUUUAACUAAUUCCUUAUCUUCCCCUUGUUUACAAAAAAGUCAACAACAACAACAACAAACAAUUUUAAAUAAAAUGAGGGUUUUGGUACAAAAUGAAGAUGAAUGUAUUCCUUUAAUGAAUGAUGGAGAAGGGGGAGGGGAAUUAAUGGCUUAAACAAAAGAAAAGAAAAAUAUUUUUGAAGAAAUGGGUAUAUAUUUAAUGUUGUGAU